UGGCAGGGAUGACACUCAAGCCCUACUCAGAAUGGAGCUGAAGCCACUGGAAGCCACUGUUCAGGACAUCUGCCAUGUCACCAGAGAAGACUGGCUUCUUCAAGAAAAGAAACAGCUGCAGAAAGAAAUUGAAGCCCUCCAAGCAAGGAUGUCUGUUCUGGAAGCAGAAGAUCAACAGCUGAGAAGGGAGAUAGAUGAGCAAGAGCCGCAGCUCCUGUGGCAGGGCUGUGACCUGACCUUCCUGGUGCAGAGGUUGUCCCUGGGUGAGCUGCAAGGGCUCAGUGAGGGCUUGCACAACACCCUGGCCUUGGCCAGUCAGAUUACCCUCCAAGCCGAACCACCUGAAACCCGAAGGAGGCAAUGAGAAAAGUCUGCAGAACCAUAACUCCGAAAAGAAGAAAAAGGGUUGGAAAUGAAAGAAGGGAUUUGAAACUGCCGCCUGUCUGGGUGGGUGCAGAUGCCACUCACCGAAGGAAACGAGGACUCUGACUUCUGUUUUCUGUGGAAUGUAUUUGAGAAAUUCAAGGUAUCUGAUUAUUUUCACCUAGAGCACCAUGGAUUCUCAAAGAUGGGAGAUGUUAACAUGCCAGACUAAACUGUUCUCCAGACCUGGAGCUGAGGGUUCCAAGCUCUUCCAGCAGAAGCCCAAGACCUCCAAAAGAGAAGCUAACUGUGACCAGCACGAAUAUGAGCCCAUCAUGUGGGCAGAACUGCCAUCACGUUCCUAUCCCUCAGCUUACCUGCUGUACCAAACAUCUGAGGAUGACCAGCCGGGAACUUCUACCUCUCCAUGCAGUUUCUGUCCACUGCGUCACACAGCCUUUCCCAAGAGGAAUGUCUCUGAUCACCAGCUCAAGAGCUUUUGCAGCUGCAAAGAAUAGCUUGCUCCUGAAGGCUAAAUGUGCCUUGGCAUGCCUUAUGAGAUAUCUGAAGUCUGGAGGAAUUCUUGGCAUUUUUCUUCUCUGUGCACCACGUAUGUCCACUGGUGACAUGUGACAGUAUCAGCUGUGAGGGGAGAAGAGUCCAAAGAAGGAAAAGCCUCCAGAAAAGGAUGAAAUCCCUCAACUUGUCACUUAAAGAAAUCACUACUAAGGUGUGUAUGAGCGAGAGACUCUGCAGCACUCUCAGGAAGAAAGUUCAUGACAUUGAAACCCAACUACCUGCGCUGCUUGAGGCCAAGAUGCUGGCCUUAUCAGAAACCAUUUCUGUACAGCUAAGGAGCUCACGGAGGAGAUAAGGUUACUGGCAUCAGAAAAGGAAGGGCUGGAGGGACUCCUCAACAAGCUGUUGGUUCUGAGUUCCAGGAAUGUCAAAAAGUUGGAAAGUGUUAAAGAAGAUUACAACAGACUGAGAAGAGAACUGGACUACAGGGAGACUGCCUAUGUUGUUCCAUCUUAUAGUCCACAAAAGAGGGCCUUCAUUUGGAAUUUGAGUCAAAGUCUGAAAAACCCUGAUAUGUCUUUCUUGUCU